UGCGCCGUGCUGAGCUGGAAAAUGGCUGUGUAGGGGAGCAGGGAGUCAUGAUCGGGAAAAGAAAGAAAGAGCGAGAGAAAGACGGCGAAGCGAGAAGUGAACACAAGGUCUGCUAGAAAGUUCAUUGCACACCGAGGAGCUGUCGUCCGCACAUACGCCACCGACACGGACCCUUGUCUGCUACUUUCAAGUAUUUAAAGCGCCGCAGCCAGAAAAGUGAGAGGAGUCAAGAAAUAUCCGCGGGUCGGUCAUAAUCCCUGUCCAGAACAUGUGGGAGCCUGAGAGAACUGAAGAGGAUUAAAGACCUUCCCACUCUGCCACUCGUCCUCCAAUCAGACCACUUUAUUUGACCGCGGAGAGCCAACGUUGCAGGGCCCUCGUCUGGCAAAAUCUUUUACCAGGCUGCUCCAGUUGCACCCAGCCAGCAGGUUAUUCGCUGCUUAAAGAGCAUGUUGCCAACGCUCUCCCUCUGCUCCAUCAUCUGGCUCAACCGGGGUAUCAAACUGAGGAAAGUACACCAGUCCACCAACACCGGUCAGGUCUGAAACCGCUGCCUCCACAGACAUAGCAGCAGCAGAACGCUACCUUAUCGAUUUUUAAAAAUGCUUCUAAGCUUUGGGUGACUCCCCCUCCUCCCCUCAUCCCCCGACCCUCUAAACCACCAACACCAGAGUUUAGUGACUUUUGGUUGCUGAGGAGGAUUUCUCUGUAGCUAAACCCUGUUGUUGCAGUGUGACUCAGGCUGCACCAUCUAAUCCCCUUUUCGGUGGCCAUUUUGUUUUUUGCCUCCCUAACAAAAUGGCGACAGAAGGUUUUCAGUACCUUGCCCUCUACGCAUUUACCAAGGACCAGGAAGAAGACCUGGAUCUGCAGCCAGGGGACCUUCUGACAGUCAGCAAGGCCUCUCUGCUGUCCAUGGAGAACUACUCGGAGGGCUGUGUGGAGCAGCCCGAGCGCCUCGGCUGGCUCCUCGGGUACAACGAGCGCACCAAACAAAGAGGCGAUUUCCCAGGGACGUAUGUUGAGUAUGUGGGCCCCGUGAAGAUGGCGCUCCCAUCGAGUCAACCCAGGUCCCAGCGACCUCUCCCUGCUGCUCCAAAAUCAGAGUCGUCUCAAGCUGUUUCUGUGCCGGACCUGAGCGAGCAGUUCACACCACCAGAGACGGCUCCCCCAGCCCUCGUCAGCCUGAUCCAAGCCAUAGAGAAGAGAGGUCUGGACUGCAAGAUAUUGUACAGGUCAACUGUUUCCUCAGGUUCAGACAGCCCAGUGUACAGCUUGAGCUCUGAGAGUGAGAUGUGUCAGAAAGAUGUGGGGUACCUGUCCGAGUGUGUCCUGAACUACCUGAGAGACCUCCCGUCACCCCUCGUCCCCAACUGUGUGUAUGCUCACCUUCAGACCGCUGUCACACUGCAGCAGCAGCUCCUGCAGCAGUCAGCAGAUGGUGCAGUCGCUGGAAGCCAUGACAGAGAGGUAAGCCUGGUCCUCGAGAGCUCCACCUCCGUCCCUCUCCAUCACCGCCUCACCCUGCAGUACCUCCUCACACACCUGGCCAAGGUCACCCAGGCACAGACCAGCAAUGGCCUGGAUACACACACGCUGGGGAAGAUCUUCGGACCGCUGCUGAUACGGACAGGCCCCUCCACCCCUUGGUUGUCAGUGGAUGAAGACUUCCCUGCCCUUGUCGUGGAGAGGUUGCUGAUAGAGAGAACUGCGGAGCAAGACCUGACUCCUCCAGUUCUUCCAGCAAAGCCUGUCAAGACAAAACUGGCUCCGUCAGCCAUUACAGACACCUGCAGCCUGCUGAAUGAUGCUGAGUGGUACUGGGGAGAAAUCUCCAGAGAGGAGGUGAAUGAAAAGCUGCGAGACACUCCAGACGGCACCUUCCUGGUCCGAGAUGCCUCGAGUAAACUGGAAGGCGAAUACACUCUCACCCUCAGGAAAGGAGGGAACAACAAGCUGAUAAAGAUUUACCACAGAGACGGGAGGUACGGCUUCUCUGAGCCUCUUACCUUCCUGUCUGUGGUGGAGCUCAUCAAUCACUACCGCCAUGAGUCCCUGGCCCAAUACAACGCCAAACUGGACACCAAGCUUCUGUACCCUGUCUCCAAAUACCAACAGCUGGUGAAGGAGAACAGCAUAGAGGAGGUGGGAGAGCAGCUGAAGGUCUACCACGAGCAGUACCAGGAGAAGAGCCGCGAGUACGACUCUCUGUACGAAGAAUACACACGCACCUCACAGGAGCUGCAGAUGAAGCGCACAGCCAUUGAGGCCUUCAAUGAGACCAUCAAGAUCUUCGAGGAGCAGUGCGAGACGCAGGAGCGCUACAGCAGAGAGUCUCUGGAGCGGUUCCAACGCGAGGGCAAUGAAAAAGAGAUUCAAAAGAUCCAGAGCAACUCGGAGCGUUUGAAGUCUCGUGUGAAGGAGAUCCACGACAGCAAGCGUAAGCUGGAGCAGGACUUGAGACAGCAGGUCUCCGAUAACAGAGAGAUCGACAAGAAUAUGAACAGCCUCAAGCCAGAUCUCAUGCAGCUCCGCAAAAUCAGAGACCAGUACCUAAUAUGGUUGACACAGAAGGGGACAAGGCAGAAGAAGAUCAAUGAAUGGCUGGGCAUAAAGAAUGAUGCUGAUGACUCCUACUCACUGGAGGAGGACGAGGGUUCACCCCACCAUGAUGAGUGUACCUGGUACGUGGGCGACAUCAAACGCACCCAGGCUGAGGAAAUGCUGAGAGGCAAAUGUGACGGGACCUUCCUCAUCCGUGACAGCCAAUCACAGAAGGGCUCCUACGCCUGUUCUGUAGUUGUGGAGGGCGACACCAAGCACUGCGUCAUCUACAAGACAGCCACAGGUUACGGAUUCGCCGAGCCCUACAAUCUGUACUCGUCCCUCAAAGACCUGGUGCUCCACUACAAAAACGUCUCCUUGGUCCAACACAAUGACCAGCUGAAUGUAAAUCUUGCCUACCCAGUCCUGGCCCGCUCUCAGAACCAGAACCAGCACCCCAGAUGAAUUAUCCACCAGCAGUGUAGGACGCCAAACAGGGUGGGGAAGCAACAUUUUCACUCAUAUGCAUUGGGAAAAAAAUAAUCCUCAGAACAAUGCCUGUUCUUUUAAGUGGCAAAGAGAAAGAGACUCAACAGCCAUGACUUAAAAUUCAUAUUUUCUGACUGGAGGCUGGUGCUAAUUUCCAGCACUGCCCCCAGUCCGGCAAAGAGCACUCCUUGCUAACAGCAUGGCUUCGAAAUAAGCACACUACUACCAGUAUGGACGCACUGUACAGUUAGCCUGGCUGACGCAGUGAGUUUUAACUUGAGGAGAGUGUUGCAUUAGCCAGCCUCGACUGUACAGUGUCAGUAAUGGAGAAAAAAAAGAAAAUACCUUUUGAUACAGAGAUAAAAAUCCAGACUAGAUGUGUUCAAAGAAGACAAAAUAAGCACACACAAUGAUUUCAAGAUCGUCGAGAAGAGGAGAGAAACCAGACGGUGGGAUGAUGGGAAAAUUUACAGGAGGCACUUUUGUUUUUUUUUUUUGCCUUGAACACGUGAUAACUGUCCAUAGACAAAGGCCCGAUCUGUCAUCCCCAGACUGCCUGCAAACUCUCCGUAGACAAAAGCCUGAGCUGUCAUCCACUGAAAGGACUGGCUUGGCUGAACCAGGCUGCUCGCUUCACACCUACAGGCGGCUGAGUCACUGGAGCCGAGGGGGGUGUGGGAGGGCAUGGGGGGAGAAAUCGCUGGGGGUGGUGUUUUUACGGGGUUUAAAAAAAAAAAAAGAUUGAUUCAGUUUAAAGCUUGCUUAAGUGCCAUAGUAAUAGCUUUGAAUGACCACAAGCCUGUGUCACUAGAACGAGGGGGCACGUCGAGGUUGAAAGAAGGAGGGAGGGAAUGGAUGGCUGUCGACAUAGACGAAGCUACAGCUUUAAAAAAAAAAAAAAUACACAUAUAGGUAUAUUUUUUAUGAAAUGAUCUUUAUUUCCAACUGCUUUGGCUUGUUGCUCUCUCUCAGUGGGCCUCCUUUUUUAAAUGAUGAGGUACAACAUACAGUGAAUGCUGUAUUGCAGGAUAGAAAUGCAUGGUACAUAUUUGGUAUAUUGUGAGUAUAAAAUUUUAAUCACAAUACACUAGAUGGUGAUGAUUAAUGCAGUUCCACAUGAUUCAGGUUUCCUUCAAAACGGAAAUUGUGGAAAGACUCCAGCAUCAAACGUCUCUUUGUUUCAAACUUCUUCCUUCUUUUUUCAUCCUCUUUGAUACUGUAGCACCUGUAGCCAUUGACUUAAGGCAUAACUGUUAGUGCUCCUCUUAUGUGUCUUGUUUCUAUAUGCUAAAGACACUCGCAGAGCAUCAAUCUAUGUGAUUAUUGUAUCUUUGGUACUGUAUUUGCCUUGUCUCUAGUUAGAUUAGAGUGUUUUAGUGGUACAAUGUCCUUGCAGAUG